AUGCCCCCACCACCACCAUCUGUUUUCCAGGGCCAGCAGGGUCCCUCCAACUUUGAGAAGUUCAAGAUGGGUCUUUUGAUGGGAACCGCCGUCGGAUGCUGCACUGGUCUCAUGUUUGGAGGCUACGCCAUCUUCACCCAUGGAGCUGGCCCCAACGGUGUCAUGAAGACCCUCGGACAGUACGUGGCUGGCUCCGCUGCUACUUUUGGUCUGUUCAUGUCCGUUGGAUCCAUCAUCCGAUCCGAGGACCGACCCCGAUCCCCCGCCGAAUGGCACCAUGCUGCUCGAACUGGUCGAAUCGUCUCCCGAGACGCCUUCAACCAGCUCUAA